CGAGAAUAAGGCAACGUAGCUAAAGGCGACCGAUCAAAUGCUACGCUGGCCAAAGCGCAGUGCACUAGAAGGAUAGUCCUUGGAGGCUGCGGUUUCGCUCUUCUUCCAGCGAAACGAUAUCCCUCGAUCGUCGAAGCGCGCAUUUUUCUCAGCGACACAAACAUGGCCUUCAAGACCGCAUGGACGCUACCAACGCCCACGUCAUCUCCGCACGAAUGGAUCUGCCUCGACUCGUCGCCCGGAAGUCGCAGCGCGAGCCGUGCGUCGUCGCACGUGAGCGACUUUGGCAGUGGCCUUCGCGCGGGCCCCCCGCCCGAGCUCCAGAGCCCAUCGAUUCGGGGGCUGCUGUUGCAGUACGCCUGCAUCGGCCUUGUCACAAGCACACUCCCCCUGCUCCCGUCCACAGUCUUUCAAGAUGAUUUCAACCAACCUCAUCUGGCCUCGGUCUACGCCGCGCUGUGCACGCUGCCGUGGCUCGCAACGCCUUUUCUCGGGCUCCUCGCCGACUGCCUGCCCCUCGCCCACCGCCGACGUCGUGUCUGCAUGGUGCUCGGGUGGGCGCUCUGUGCUGCGUCCUGUCUCGCCAUGGCCAUCACGCCGCUGCGCGCGCAGAACGCCACGUCAUUGCACGUGUUUUGCUUGCUCACGACGGUGUGCGCGAGUCUCGGGUGCGCGAUUGCCGCCGCAGCCUCGGACGCGCUUCUUGUCGCGUUUGCGCAAACCGAGCGCAUUUGGGAGCGCGGCCGACUGCAGACGCGCGCGCUUGUGCUUCGCGCGACGGGCACGUUCGUGCCACAGGUGCUUGUAGGUGCCAUGGCGCUCAAAAGCGCCAGCGUCAUCUACGCCCUUUUGACGGUCGCGAGCGUCGGUGCAGCGAGCGCCGCGAUCCUCGUCGUCACCGAACCCGUGUUCGAGCCCGCGCUGUCCACGCGGCACUAUCUGCACCUGCUCUGGGCGACCUUGCAGCAGCGCGUCGUGUGGCAGCUCUGCGCCUUCCAAGUGCUCUUUGGUGUCUGUUUUUAUGUGCCAAGUUUUCUCGAGUCGGCGCCGUGGCUAGCGCUCGAGGCGCGCCCGGUGGUAUGGUUCAACCUCGGUAACACGGUCGUCGCCAUUGCUGCACUCUUAGCGAUGGGUGUCAGUGGCCUUGGCCUCGACUGGCGCAAAUUGAUCGUGGCCAGCACCGCUUUGUUCAUUGUUGGCAGCGUCGCUGUGCACUUCGGUGCUUUGUACAGUGCCUUGCCGGACGAGUACACGUACUUGGUCGUACACAUGCUGCUGCAAGCGCCCAAUGUUGUUUUGCUGUUGCCAGCCAACUAUUGCCUCGUCGAAGUCGCUAGCGCUGGUGCCGAAGGCGCGCUCGCGGGCCUCGUCUCGACGUGCUUUGUCAUCGCCCGCCCCGUGGCUGCACUGGCCUAUCGCGCAUUGCGCGCAGCGUGGCCAGCCGACAUGAGCAAAGACGAUGGAUCGACGCUGGAGGCUACGCGUCUUAUACUGGUGGUGUUUCUGAUCCAAGCGACCUCGCUCUUCUGGCUCUGGCUCCUCCCACGGCAAAAAGCCCACGUCGUCCAGCUCAAGCUGCAUGGCGGUUCGAGCGCCGCCGGUGGUGGACUGCUCGUGCUCUGUGUCUUACUCAUGCUGGCGUUGGCCGUGACGACCAGCGUCCUCCCGACGCUACCGACCACGAGUUGUCUCUGGAUCGCUGGGGGCAGCGGCUGCAAAUAGAAGUAGAAGUCUUCGUAUCGUAUGAAGUGUUCUGUAAUGAAUUGUGUCUAUACUUC